CCAAAGCGGGCGCAUCGCCUCGGCCGCCGUUGGCAGCCGAUGACGCAACCAUCGGUGACACAUGGACAAAGUCGGCAGAGCCUGGCAUAAUCGGCGUGGAGAUGACCUGGACAGAGCUCCGUGCAGUGACAGGCCGUGAGAUCCGCUUCAGCUCCUUGGCAUGCGACAGCGGCAUCAGCGGCGGGUCAGUCGCGCGCCUCUUCCCGCCACCGCCGCCGUAUUUCUUUAGCUGGCGCUUCAGGCUCCGGCUCGUCAGAUUCUCGGUCUUGCUGCGCAAAAACUCCCACCCACGACGGAUCUUGCUCUUGUGCUGCGGGGCUGGAAACGGCACGUACACGUCGCGCAGGCUGAUGGUUGGGAAUCUCGCUCACAGACGCGUUGAUGCUCGACCCGAAGCACGACUGGCUCGGGCUUGCUAGAGACGACCCGGUGGUUGGCCGUGUGUGCGAGAUGGUUGCGCGUGCAAGCUCAGCCACCAGCGAGUCCACU